AUGGGAAGCAUAGCACAAGAAUCAACAGUUGCCCCCGUCUUGCGGGUUGGUAUAAUAGGUUGCGGCGAAAUAUCACAAGUUGCGCAUAUUCCAAAUAUCAACUUCCUGAGCCAUCGCUUCCGAACAACGUACCUCUGUGACAUUUCCCCAGAAUCAUUGCGCCACUGUGCUCAGAGAGUUCUUAGUGAGACACCCAAGCUCACAUCCAGCGCAAAAGAGCUCUGUUCCUCCCCUGAUGUCGACGUUGUGAUCAUUGCCAAUGCCGAUGUGUUUCAUGUUGAACAUGGAAUAUAUGCUCUUCAAAGCGAUAAAUACUGCUUGAUCGAAAAGCCAGCGUCAAUUUGCUUUCGCGACAUUGACAGACUUAUCGAGGCUGAGAAGACUUCGCAGGGCAGGGUAUUUGUUGGAACUAUGCGACGCUAUGCGCCUGCUUUCCUCAAUGCUGUCAAAGAAGUAGGCGGCAUGGAAAAGAUUACAUAUGCUCGAGUGAGGGACAUUAUUGGACCUAAUGCUACCUUUGUCAACCAAUCGUGCACAUUUCCUCAACGGUUUAACGACGUCUCAGAGCUGGAUUCUGAAGACAGAGUGAGAAGGGAAAAUGACAUUUAUGAACAGGCCCUCUGCAAAGAAUUCGGCUUGAAGGACACACCAGAAACACAGAGAAUGUUACGAGUGCUUGGAGCGCUAGGAACGCACGAUUUAUCGGCUAUGCGUGAGAUGAUUGGUAUGCCUGAAGGCGUUGCAGGAGCGUAUCUCAAGAUUCCUGGCAUUUUCAGUGUUCUCUUCAAAUAUAACGGCUUUCCCGUCACAUAUGAGUCCGGUUUGAGUGAAGUCCCACAGUUCGACGCACAUAUCGAAAUUUAUUCGCCAGCAAAGAUUGUGCGCGUCGAUUUCGACACGCCCUAUGUGAGGGGCCUUCCAGUGACUGUGACCGUACGCGAGAAAAUCGGAAAUGGAGGCUUUCAAGAAAGAAAAAUCCGCAAAACUUACGAAGACGCUUAUACUCUUGAACUUUUGGACUUCUAUGACUGUGCUGUUAAUAGGAAGACUCCAAAGAGCAGUGCACAGGAUGCAAGGCAGGAUAUAGAAUUGUUCAAGAUGAUUAUGAUAGCAGGAUUCGGCCCGUGA